GCUGACUUUAAACUUCUCGAACUGGUUCCCAACACCUGUUUGAACCUGGCUGGGAUUUGAAGUGCGCUCUAGUAGGAGGUGGAAGACGUGGAGGUGACGUAGGAAAGGAACUACACGCCCUCCACCUGUGCUGUCGGCGUGUUUUAACAGGCACAAAACUUCCUGAUUGAGCCAAAACCGGCUACACGGCAGCUCAGAGUUUUAUAAGUGCGCAGUUACGGCGGUGUAGCGCAUGAGUGAAGGCGGCCUUCACUCAUGUCUACGCCAGGAUCCAGGAUCGUCCACCCCACUGCUCACCUGACCGCUUUAUAAUCACAGUGGCAGCUUGUGAAAACGUCCUCUCAUGAUCCCAGUCAGCUGCAAGAAACAGCAAGAAACCCUGCGCACGUGUGUUCCAUAAUUUGCCAUAGUGUUUGUGUUCUGUUGGGAACCGGAGACCAAACCGAAUCUUCUCUGGGAGGAAGAAGGCAAACCGGAGUUGCUGUCACAUUGGCCGGUGAUGACUCACUGUCAUGACAACAUCAUAAACACGCUUGAUGUGUGAGGCGAGUGUCCCUCCCCUCUUAUAAAUGAUGUGUCGGCUGACAAGUAGCUGGAAAAAUGAUGUCAUCUUGAAUCCUGAGCUCUGAAAUAGGAGUCUGUGGACAGAACUGGUCCUGAAGGAGGGCCGUGCCUGCUCUCAUUCUGUCAGUCUCAGCCAGUGAUUGAAUGUGGUAGAAGUGGCAUCAGUGGACAAGCCCGUGCUCAGAGGUGCAUUGAUUGGCCAAAGGGAGACCAUGGAGGACAGGACAGACGACGCCUCAGUCGCCUCCUUCCAGACGCUCUACACUGUGAUGUAUCCUGUGUUCAAGGAGGGUUUUUGCUCGGAAUUCGAAGGUCUAGCAGGAAAUGACAGGAGAACGAAGCCGUCUUUUGUAACCUCUCUUCAUUCCUCUCUGGAGGAUGUGAACCCAUCGGCGGCGCAGACCUUAAGGGCAGCCUUCAUAAAAGCAGAGGAGGGGAGCCCGGGUCUCACCCAGGACAUUGUACUGAAAAUACUGGAGAAGAAGCAGAAAUCUGAUGUCAACCUCACGGAGUCCCUGCUUCGUAUGAGUGGAGAGAAUGUGGAAGAAUUUUUAAUUGAAGCCUCCGAUUUCAAGGAGCUGAACCUGAAGGUCCGAGAACUGAAACAGCACCUCAGCAAAAUCCCGGAUCUCAUGGAUCUUAAAGCGUACUUCCUCCAGGUGAUCAAAGACGUAGCCGGCUGCAUAAAGGAGCUUCUGGACACCGUUACCGCUAUUCUAAAGAAGUACAAGUUCAGCGACGACCGGCCGCUGCAGCAGCAGAAGCGUGAGUUCGUGAGGUGCGCGAAGAGGUUCAGCGAGUGUCUCAAAGUCUACUUCAGGGACGGAAAUUUGACCAGCGUGUUCGUCAGCACCAACCAGCUCGCCCACCGCGCCAACAUGCUGCUGAAGGUCUUCAAGAACGCCUCGCGGUAGCAGAGCGGCCGCGGAGGCCGCCUUUAGACCAGAGGUGACGGGAGGCUUUGUAAUUUGUCAGGACGUUUAAAUAUUCUGUUUAAUUUACAAUUCGGUGGCUUUGACGAAAGAUCAGUUACUUUGAGGUUAAAAACAAAUCAGGUUGAUGCUAAUUGCCUGUGAUUUCUAUCUUCUAUGUGUCUUUUAUGUUGAUAUUAUAUCAGCUUUUUAAACUGACAUUACUACUUUCUUUUAUAUAUUUCCCUCCGUGUUCACUAUAAUGUGCCACUAACAGUGUGAAGUCCAGCAACUACACAGGCCCCAAAAUGUAAAGUUUUCUUCUUUCCCUUCAUUAUUACAGCCGGUUACAGUUAUAACACAAGUGGUGAUGACGUCCAACAUGCAACAAACAUCGUAUUCUGUUUACAGCAGGCGUCGUCUUGCUUUUCUCUUUCAUUGUUUAUAUUUUCCCUAUAUACACAUUAUGCAACGGUGAAUGUUCUCUGUUGUAAAAAUAAAAUGUGUGACCUUGUUUGAACCAAAGUUGCACAUUUCCUUUCGCUGCUGAGCCUGAAUGUUCCACGUCCAGACGUCCCCUCUGACAUCACGCGUGACCAAUGUCCUCCUCUGUCAUUCGCUCUCAUCGUUCGCAGUGGCCAUGACAACGACGCUUUACCCAACUCUUAAUGAAUAAAGGGAGCCUGAAGUACUUAAAGGCUUCUUAGACAGGAGUUGGGAAGCGUGUGCUGAAGAAUCACAUUCUCCCUUUUUUUCCAUUGCCAAUAAAAAAGAUCAAAGAUUUUGGAAA